UGGGAGGGGCUAGGUAAUUUUUGUGUUUUUCUGGUUUAGUGGUUUGGCCUCUUCAUUUUCAUUGUCUUCGAAUCCAAGGAAAAGCAGAAAUCUAGACAGCACCAUUACAGUUUAAGCAGCAAUGGCAGAAAACACCAGUCCAGAGCCUAUCACUAUGACUUGUGAGGUUUGUUCAGAGUAUUACACUGACCCCCUCAUGCUUCCCUGUCUUCACUCAUUCUGUAAGAAGUGUCUAAUAAAAGCUAAAGAGAAGCAAGGUAGUGCUGAUACCUCAUUAAAGUGUCCAACGUGUGACACUAGCGUUAAUUUACCUGAUGGUAAAAUUGAAGGCCUCACUCAAAACCUUUGGUUUGAACAUAAAUCAAGAGAGGCUUCAAUCAAAAAGAAGAUUUUUAGUAAAGAGGCUAUAUCGUGUGAUGAAUGUAGCGUUGAUGAUUCCAGUGAUGCAGCUGUUGUGUAUUGCUGUGAUUGUGGCCAGUUUCUGUGUGAUCUUUGCAAGAAAGUUCAUAAGCGAAGCAAGAAAAAAGCAAAUCACAAGUUGAUUGAUCUAGAAACAAAGGAAUCCAUUGAAUUGCCUGCUAUUAGUUACGAGGCAGUUUACUGUGCACGGCAUCCAGAAAAGUUGACAUACUACUGCAAUGAUUGCAAUAAAUUAGUUUGUCAGAUUUGUCUUAACAUUCACCAUAAAAGUCACAAUUACAAUUAUUACCUAGAUGAGGGUGAUACAGCACGUGAAGCAUUAAAGAAAAGUGUUGCUUUUUGUGGUGGAGUCAUUCCUCCAGUCACUGAAGCUAUAGCUAAUGGAGAGAAAAUGCUAAAGCAGAUAGCAACACGUAAAGAAGAAGUAAGGCAGAAAAUCAAGGAAACAUUUGAAGAGCUUAAAGCUGCUUUGGAUAAGAGAUGUAAUGAUUUACUAGUAAAAACAGAAGAGAUUGCUAGCGCUAAGAGGAAUUCUGUCAGGAAGCAGUUGGACGGGUUUUGUAAACUGGUAAAACAGGUUUCUCAUGGUCGUCAUCUUGCAUCAUCAGUGAGUGAGUGUACUGACCCAGGUGAAGUUCUCAGUGUUAAGAAGCUAAUCACCAAUCAACUAGAGGAAUGCAUUGAAAAGUAUAAGAAACUACCCCUAGAAAUAGAAGAAAAUGAAGUGAUUAUAACAUGUCUAGAUAAUACUUUAAGUAAAGAAAUCGGUGAGUUUGGAAACGUAUUGAAGUUUGAGCAGCUUGGCCCAUCACUUUAUUCCAUUGAUAGUGGGUUAGCUAUUCCAUUGGCAUCAGUAAAGAAAGAAAGGAAAUUUAAAGUGGCUCUACCAGCAGGCAUUGAUAAAGCAGCAAGCUAUUUGAAGGCUUCCUUUAUCAAAAAAGAUGGUAGUAAAGAGGAGGGUAGAGUUAUAGUUAAUGAUAGCAACACAGCCAUUGUAUCAAGCACACCUCAAAGUAUUGGUCAAUAUGAACUAUCAGUGACUAUAAGAGAUCACCAUAUUAAAGGUAGUCCUUAUCAACUGUCAGUAAAGGCAUCAAGAGACUAUGCCAAUGCCACACUAACUAAGCAGAGAUACUUUAAUGUGGGGAAUUUUGGUACUCGUGGUGUUGCUGUUCAUACUAAUGGUGAAGUAUUUGCUAGUAGUAAGGAUGGAUUUGUUCAGGUAUUUAGUGAGGAUGGUACUGCAGUAAGAAAGAUUGGAUCUAAAGGUAAGUGUAAAGGACAGUUUGACAGGCCUUGGGGUGUAUUGCUGGUAGGAGACAGGCUCUAUGUGUCUGAUGAUAAUCUUCAUCGCGUGCAGUAUUUCUCAGCUACUACUGGUCAAUAUAUUGGUCAGUUUGGUAGUAAGGGUAAUGGAAAUGGACAAUUCUAUUAUCCUACUGGUAUGUCUACUGAUGGCAAUGGUAAUAUAUUAGUAGCUGAUUACUACAACAACAGGGUACAAGUAUUUAAAGAAGAUGGUACAUUUCUACAAGUUAUACAAUGUGAUGGAAGGGCAACUGAUGUAGCAGUUGAUAAUGAAGGGAAAAUACAAGUUACUAUUCAAAAUCAACAUCACAUUCAAGUCUUCUCUCCUGAUGGUAAAACUCAUCUUGAUACAUACAAUAAUCCAGCUGGUAACUUUAACGGUCCUAAUGGUAUUGCUAUUGAUGAUGAAGGGUAUAUCUUUGUAUCGGCUAAUGAUGGAGGUACCUAUUAUCUUCAUGUAUUGAAUCCUGACAGGAAACAAGUGAAAUUGAUCUCAGGAUUAUCUAAUCCAUGGGGUGUAGCAUUGGAUAAGGAUGGAUAUAUUUAUGUUGCUGAAUGUGGAAACAAUUGUAUAAUGAAAUAUUAAAAUAAUAAUUCAAUAAAACUGCAAUUAACGAGAUACACUACAACUAAUCUUACAAUUUCUGUACAAAAUGUUUUGUCACUCUCUAUCUAUUUCCCUUCCAUCACACACUCACACUUUUUCUCCUUUCUCUCCUCUCUACUUUAAGUGUUAUUAAUAGAUUAAGCUAGUUGUUUCUAAAUAAUCACAUAAA